UAAUAAACUCGUCUAAGUGUGACUCUAACCUGAUUAGCUCAACCGAAGUUCAACUUACCUGGAACCAGUGAAAGUUUGGUCAUGUCCAGCCUUUUGAAGGUGUGCAGGGCUACCUCUCGCCUGGGCUCUCUGAGGCGUUCAUUUGCGGCUGCAGCUAUUCCAGAACCGGACAGGAACCCCGACGUCAAAUACACCGGGAUCUUUAUCAACAAUGAGUGGCAUGAAUCUGUGAGUGGAAAGACAUUUCCUACCAUCAACCCUUCCACUGGACAGAAGAUUUGUGAUGUACAGGAGGGAGACAAGGCUGACAUUGACAAGGCAGUGAAGGCUGCUAACGAUGCCUUCAAGUUUGGGUCAGAAUGGAGGCGUAUGGACGCUGCACACAGAGGGCUGUUGAUGUACAAGCUGGCAGACCUGGUGGAGCAGAACAGGGCUUACCUAGCUGCCUUGGAAACACUGGACAAUGGAAAGCCUUUCCAUGUGGCCUAUACUGCUGACCUGCCACUGGUUAUUCAGUGUUUAAGGUACUAUGCUGGCUGGGCUGAUAAGAUUGAGGGAAAGACCAUACCAAUAACUGGUGACUUCUUUGCAUACACUCGUCAUGAGCCAAUUGGAGUAGCUGGUCAAAUCAUACCUUGGAACUUCCCCCUCUUGAUGAUGGCGUGGAAGAUUGGUCCAGCUCUGGCUGCUGGCUGCACAGUGGUGUUGAAGACGGCUGAACAGACUCCUCUCACAGCUAAUGUUGUAGCCCAGCUGGCUGCAGAGGCUGGCUUUCCCCCAGGUGUCUUGAAUGUGGUCCCUGGUUAUGGUCCUACUGCAGGAGCAGCUCUCGCAGCACACAUGGAUGUGGAAAAACUGGCCUUCACUGGAUCUACUGAGGUUGGUCAGAUUGUGGGUAGACUGGCCAAUGACAGCAACCUGAAGAGGGUCACUCUAGAGCUGGGAGGCAAAAGUCCAAACAUUGUGCUGGCUGAUGCCAACUUGGAAGAUGCAGUGGAAACCAGCCAUUUUGGCCUUUUCUUCAACCAAGGGCAAUGCUGCUGUGCUGGGUCCCGCAUCUUUGUUGAGGAAUCGAUUUAUGAUAAGUUUGUGGAGGCUAGUGUGGAGAGAGCCAAGUGCAGAACCGUUGGUGAUCCCUUUGAUCGCAGUAAUGAGCAGGGUCCACAAAUUGAUGAGGAGCAGUAUAACAAGAUCCUUGAUCUGAUCGAAAGUGGCAAGAAAGAAGGAGCCAAGUUGGGAGUUGGCGGAGAGAAAAUGGGCAGCAGUGGGUACUUCAUUCAACCCACUGUCUUCACUGAUGUGCAGGAUGAUAUGAGGAUUGCUAAAGAAGAGAUUUUUGGACCUGUGAUGCAGAUCCUGAAGUUCAAAACAAUGGAUGAGUUGUUUGAGCGGGCUAACAAGACCAUGUAUGGGCUGGCAGCCAGCAUCAUGUCGAAUGACAUGGACAGAGUGAACUAUAUUGUCCAGGGACUGAGAGCUGGGACAGUGUGGGUGAAUGCCUUCGACAAAUUUGAUGCAUCCAUGCCAUUUGGUGGCUACAAGAUGUCUGGCAAUGGACGUGAGCUUGGGGAGUAUGCUUUGGAUAACUACACCGAGGUUAAGAGUGUGUGCAUCAAGAUUCCACAGAAGAACUCUUAAGGUGCGGGUGCACUUCAAGAACCUUCAAAAUCUGCAAUAUCUUUCAUGCUGUCAUGGACCAUAGUUGAAGCAGCUUAAAUGCCAUUAAGAUUUUUACUAACAGUGCAAAUAUACUGAGAAAUAUGAGUGUAUAUUUUAAUAUACUCAGUAGUCCAUGGCCCUUUUUAAUUGGAGUGGUAUACUUAACUGAUUCAGUCUGUAUCAGAUCCCUUUGAGAGAUAGACAAUUUAAUAGCCUGGCUAUUAGGUAAGACUUAAUAGAGCCCAAGAACCAUUAUAGAUUGUAUCAGUUGAGUAUACCCUCUGAUGUGAAUAUGGCCUGUGUAGGAUUGUAUUUCUUAAUAUAGAUAUAGAAAGAUUGUAUGAGAUUUAGAGUCACUACAACAUUGUUUAUUUACAUGUGCAGCAUUUUUUGUAUGCAAAUCACAUUCUCAUUCAUGGUAAUUACAAAUUAAUGCAGUAAAUUUGCUGCUUUAAGUAUUGACUUGUGCAGCAUUUUUUGUAUGCAUAUCAAAUUCUCAUUCAUAAUAAUUACAAAGUAAUGCAGUAGAUUUGCAGCUGUGUGAUAUAACCAGAUACAGAAUUGCUGACUUUUAUUUUUUACCUUGUCAGCCUUAGAUGUGUUGUGACGCAUUAAUCAAGAUUUAUUCCUAUCUUGCCAUUAUUCAUGAUGAUUAUCAGACAGGAAAAAAGUUAAUUUUAAUAGUGUGAAAAAUAUUAUGAUUCAGAUAGCACAAUGUAACAUGCCAAAAUUAACUUUUAAUAAGCAAUAUUUAGUUGCAAAAACAGUAUUCAUAAAUGUCAGUGAUUGCAAAUCACUGAUUAUGAGCACAAAAUUCACAUUACUAUUACAUGUAUGAAGUCAUUGGCACUGUAUCAGAAGCAUUAUUUGCAGUCAGAAUUAAUAAAGUGUACUUGAAGGUGAGACAGUUUUCAUGUUAAAGCUGUCAGAAAAGGUACCUUUGUAAAUGCUGUUGUACCGGUGUAUAUACAAGCUGUGAUUGAAUAAAAACAAUAUAUGCAUGGGCUAUA